CAACGCCGAACCAUUCCGCAUUUGUUGCUCGUUGCAGUCGGUCGGAAAGUUUCCUUCGUGCCGGCGAUUUUAAGGACACACGCAACGGUCGGUCGGUCGUGUUCCGCGUGUUUGUUGUGAAAUGUGAAUAGCUAGGAUUAUGUGUGGCGUAUCUGUUGAACGUUACUUUAAAACAGAAUUGAAGCAGCACAUAUUUCAGGAUUGAGCAGCGGUGUUCGUAAGAGAAGGUGGCAAAUAUUUUAUGUGAAAAAGGAAACGGUGAAAAAUUGAGAAAAGCUUUAAGAAAAUAGCACAAUAGAGAAGCAAUAAAAAUUCAUGCUUUUCCCAUGGUUCGUCCUUGAACAAGUACGGGAAGACACUUUGAGUCACUCGAUGCUGUAAUUACCUGUGAUACUUGUGUGUCGUAAAAGGUGCAUUCACUUGACAAAAAGUCGGAUACUGUGUGUGAGGGAGUGCGUUUGAGUGUCUGUGUGCAGCAGAAAGUGCUUCAUCCCGACCGUGAGUCCUCGUUGUGCGUUCAAUUAUUGAAAUCAGCAUCGGAUUGUGUAUCUGUACCGGUGGGUGUCGAAACACGGCCAGCAUGUUGCGCUUCGGAGGACUCAAGUAUAAGAAAUUGAAUAACGCCGGUUGCCUCGGCGAAGAGCAGCAGGAAAGCGAACGGAGCCUCAUCUCCGCCGAGGGAAAUGGAAAGCGGGAAAAAUCGGCACAUUCCACACCGACGACAACGCCAUCGAAGCAGCAGCAGCAGCAGCGCCGACUGCACAAUCAGCUGAAUGGAACCGCAAUGAAAAAUGUCAACACAUCGUCAACCGAACAGAAACGUCAGCGAAGCAAUUUUAUGCUCAUAGUUGGUGGUCUGGCGGGAAAAUCUCAUCCCGAGUCCAAUCCGUCCAAAUCGCCUUCCCAUCAUGCUGCAGCCGUCCAGCCGUCAUCGCCUUCGUCUAACUUUAAGCUUCUCAGUGGAAAAUUUGCCAUCGACAGCAAGCGAAAGAUCAACUGCAAGACGAGGAUCUACAAAUGCAUCAAGCGCAUCCUGAAACGCAACUCUUUCCACACCGGCGCAUCAAAGGAUCACGCAGCAGUCCAGCAGUCGCCCAAAGGACAGCGUACGCACACCGCUCAUCGGUCGCCCAAUGCCGCGGACUAUCGCGAGAUCAAGUCGCUUCUGGAGAAGCAGCACCGUGAUCUCGAGUACGAUGUGAAUCUAGCGAAAUGCGUCGAAAAACCUGCCUUUAUCAAAAAGAUCGCCAUCAACAUGCUGCAAAGUGCCGUUUCGGACGAGAAAGACGACGAUAGCACGUUGGUUCUACAUCGCGAACAAACCGCCUGCGUUACCGGCACGAUCCAGAGUGAUCUCGAGCGGGAACGCGAGUAUCAGCGAUUGCUGGAUGAAUGUUGGUACCACGAGAACCUGCCCCGAAGUCUUUCCCUGCAGCUGCUCAUCGACAAACCUCCCGGAAGCUUCCUGGUGCGUAAAAGCACAUCCCAGCCCGACUGUUACGCACUAUCCCUGCGGGUCCCGCCAGGCUCGGGACCAAGGAUCGCACACUACCUCAUCGUCCGAACGGCCACCGAUGGGUACAAGAUCAAAGGAUUCCAGAAGGAGUUCAGCUCGCUCCGUGCCCUGAUUGUGCAUCAUUCGGUGAUGCCGGAAGCGCUGCCCGUACCACUGGCCGUGCCCCGUCCCGUGAAUCUCGUCGUCAAGACAAAGUUCGAGGACGAUUACGAGACCGUGUUCGAUCUGGCCAAAGCGGUGCCGCAAGCCUAGCCGCAACAGGCUGUUGGAAGCCAAGGUGGAAGCAGCGAUUACCAAAACACUGUGCUAGGUUAAGUUCAGUCACUUUUCAAUGCUAUUUUGUUAUCCCUUUUCUUUCCCCAACCCGGUAAGACUAUAAUUAUGAGAUGAGAAAUAAAUUAUUCUACAAACGUUACAACUCACAA